AUGUUUUCGGAGGAUCUGUGGCUGGAAAAUGAGAAAAACUGUGCUGUUGUCCACAAGGCAAAGCGAGGAAGGAAGCGCCAAGAGCUCCUGGCUGUGGCUCUCGGGGUGAAGGUGGGAGUCAAAGGGGCACUUCUGUGGCAACCUCUGAAACUCUUUGCCUAUUCACAGAUCACCUCCUUGGUCAGAAGAGCAGCCUUAACUCAAAAUGACAACCACUUCAACUAUGAAAAAGCACACAAUUUUAAGGUUCAUACGUUUCGAGGUCCACACUGGUGUGAAUACUGCGCCAACUUCAUGUGGGGUCUCAUCGCUCAGGGAGUGAGGUGUUCAGACUGCGGGUUGAACGUCCAUAAGCAGUGCUCCAAAUACGUGCCCAACGACUGCCAGCCAGACCUGAAGAGGAUAAAGCGAGUCUACUGCUGUGACCUCACCACACUGGUGAAAGCCCACAACACCCAGAGGCCGAUGGUGGUGGAUUCAUGCAUUCGAGAGAUCGAAGCAAGAGGUUUGAAGUCUGAGGGGCUCUAUAGAGUGUCAGGCUUCACUGAGCACAUUGAAGAUGUGAAAAUGGCCUUUGAUCGAGAUGGUGACAAGGCUGAUAUUUCUGCCAGUAUUUAUCCAGACAUAAACAUCAUUGCUGGAGCACUGAAGCUAUACUUCAGAGACUUACCAAUUCCCGUGAUCACCUAUGACACCUAUUCCAAGUUCAUAGAGGCAGCAAAAAUCUCCAAUCCUGAUGAACGACUAGAAGCAAUACAUGAAGUGCUGAUGUUACUCCCUGCUGCUCACUACGAGACACUUAGAUACCUAAUGAUUCAUCUCAAAAAGGUUACCUUGCAUGAAAAGGACAAUUUUAUGAAUGCUGAAAACCUGGGAAUAGUGUUUGGGCCUACUUUAAUGAGACCUCCAGAGGACAGUACCCUUGCUACACUGAAUGACAUGCGGUACCAGAAGUUAAUUGUGCAGAUUUUAAUAGAGAAUGAAGAUGUUCUCUUUUAG